UAAAUUGGACUCAUCUUCUGUACUAAAUAUUCAUACCAACAAAGAACUUGUAAAAUUCUUCUUCGUUCUUCGUUAUAUUUUCAGUUCUGGUCACUAAAAAUGGCCGGAAUUUUGGUGGUUUUUGAUUUUGACAAGACGAUUAUUGAAGUUGAUAGUGAUAACUGGGUUAUUGAUGAACUUGGUUUUACGGAUUUGUUCAAUCAGCUCCUUCCUACCAUGCCUUGGAAUUCUCUUAUGGAUAGCAUGAUGAACGAGCUUUAUUCUGAAGGUGUAACCAUGGAAGACAUUGAUGAAGUCUUGAAACGUAUUCCGAUUCAUCCUCGAGUUAUUCCUGCUAUAAAAUCAGCUCAUGCUUUAGGGUGUGAGUUGAGGAUUGUGAGUGACGCAAAUUUGUUCUUCAUUGAGACAGUUUUGAAACAUCUCGGAUUAAAAGAUUAUUUUUCAGAGAUCAACACAAAUCCAGGAUUUGUUGAUGAAGAAGGAAGAUUGAGAAUUUCUCCUUAUCAUGAUUUUACUCAAUCUUCCCAUGGUUGCAGUCUUUGCCCGCCAAAUAUGUGCAAGGGUCACGUCAUUGAAAGAAUUCAAGCUUCGAUCUCAAAAGAACAGAGAAUAAUCUAUCUCGGUGACGGUGUUGGUGAUUAUUGCCCGAGUUUAAAGCUAACAGACACUGAUUAUAUGAUGCCCAGAAAAGAUUUCCCAGCAUGGGAACUAAUUUCCAGAAAUCCUAUGCUUGUUAAGCCCGAAAUUCACGAAUGGACCGACGGGGAAGAACUUGAACGAGUUUUAAUCGAGAUUAUUGAUGAAAUUUAUUUGGAAGAGAAUAGUGCUCAAUUGUUCUCAGCAGAUUACAUAUUUCAGAAUGUAUCAUCAAUUGCUGCUCUGCCUCAAGCUGUUCCUCUGUAAUUGAAAUCAUAUUGGCAAAAUGUUAUGCCUUUAUUAUCAAAUUAACAAAAUUUAGUCUCUGUUUUAUGAAAAUGGAAGCAUGUGAGUUAAGUUUGUUA